CCUCCAGCCCUGCCCAAACAAAGAAGAGCAAUCUGAUGAGAUGUGAAAAUUUGAUAGCAAAAGGUAAUAUAAAAAAUUUCCUUCUGUCUUUAUUUUCAUCCUCUUGGUUCAUAUGUACUACUCAUAUUCAUAUAUGUGCCCUAAUUUCGGCAAGCCAUCACGAUCGAUGGAUAGUCAGAGAGAGCAAAGGAACCAGCAGUAUAUAAAGCAGAAAGUCAAGACAGAAGCCUGUGGAGGCAAAUACAAUAGGACAAUAGCAACAGGAAUUUGGAAAUCCACCGGAUCUACGAGCUUCAAAACCUUCACUUCCCAGAUCCGCCGUUAACACAUCACCUUCAUGCCCAAAACCGUCACGUAUCACCGAUCUAGGCACUUAGAUGGGCCAGAAGUGAGAUCUCCGUGCACAAAGAAUCACUGCUGGAGAUGGUGAGCAAGGAGCUCGAAGCCGCUUCCACUAUGGCGGCUGGGUGGAGAGAUCUCAGAUGAGAGCGGUCGAAACUAUGCGGGUCGGGUUAAACCGAUACAACCCGUUUGCUGCCCUACCCGGUUCUAUAGGGCUUGAGUUGGGCCAGUCCAGAAAUUACAAGGCCUUCAUUCCCAUUGCCAUUCCCAUUGCUUAUGCUUUCCAAGACAUUAAACACCAAUUGGCGAAGUUUCUUUAAUCUCUGCGACAGCAAACGCUAUAGAUUAGAACUAUCUACAUUCGGAGGAAAACGUUGUUGGGGAUCUCCAUAUGGUUGGGUUGUAUUACUGGAUCCUAAUUCUAAUGCUCACCUUGAACACCUUGGCAAAGGAAGACAGAUCAUUCUUCCAUCACUAAACACAAUUCGAACACUGGCUGCUACAGAAGAGUGGUUUCGCCUUAUACACAAAUUCAUUAUUUUUAAGCAACCUUCCCAUGAGUCAUCUUUCCUUGUCAUGGCAAUUUUCGGCCCUAAGAAUAGCUUGGCUUUUGUGAGAGUGGGAGAAGGAGCAGCUUUGAAUGGAAGAGGACAAGAUGAGUGGGUUCUUGUUGCCAAUCCAGAUGAAUUCGAAUUCAAGGAUGUUGCAUGUUUUAAUGAUCAAAUAUAUGGACUUUGUGACAAUGGCACACUGGUGCGCGUUGAACUAGAUGCUGAGGUACAAGUUGUUUCUCCUCAACCAGAAGAUGUAUGGGAACCCCAGAAACUAUAUUUGGUGGAGUUAUCUGGAAGUCUUUUUGGGGUUUUUGGUUAUGGAUAUUAUUAUCCUUUGGAGAGGAGGUACGAGACCGUGUCUUUUUCGGUCUACAAGUUCAACUUCGAUGCACCAUCUUGGGAAGAAGUGAGAAAUGGGAGAGGCUUGGAAGAUCAUGCUGUCUUUGUUGGUGAUGGCAACUCCUGGUGCUGUCCUACAAUCACCAUAUCUAGCAGUAGUAAAAGAAUCUACUUCACAGACGACAAUUGGGAUUGGCAAAUGUGCCCAGGAGGUGAAUAUGGAGGAUGUGAUGUCGGAGUGUUUGACAUGAAAACUAGAGAAAUUCAACCCCUUCCAUUUGCUCCAUGAUGAAAUCGGUCGGUGAUUUGCCUUCACUUGAUGUCUCUAACUCAAACUCAAGCUCACCGAGACGACCCAGAUCUGGUAACUAUAUUGCUGCUCUAAACCAAUCAAGCUCCAGCUCCUAGUUGGGAUGAACUCCCAGCAGAUAUGAUCUGUGAAAUUGCAAAGCUACUACCUAAUUUUGUGGAUAUUAAAUCGUUGCUAACUGUUUGCAAACAAUGGAAUUCUGUCAGUCCAGAAAUUACAAGGCCUUCAUUCCCAUUGCCAUUCCCAUUGCUUAUGCUUUCCAAGACAUUAAACACCAAUUGGCGAAGUUUCUUUAAUCUCUGCGACAGCAAACGCUAUAGAUUAGAACUAUCUACAUUCGGAGGAAAACGUUGUUGGGGAUCUCCAUAUGGUUGGGUUGUAUUACUGGAUCCUAAUUCUAAUGCUCACCUUGAACACCUUGGCAAAGGAAGACAGAUCAUUCUUCCAUCACUAAACACAAUUCGAACACUGGCUGCUACAGAAGAGUGGUUUCGCCUUAUACACAAAUUCAUUAUUUUUAAGCAACCUUCCCAUGAGUCAUCUUUCCUUGUCAUAGCAAUUUUCGGCCCUGAGAAUAGCUUGGCUUUUGUGAGAGUGGGAGAAGGAGCAGCUUUGAAUGGAAGAGGACAAGAUGAGUGGGUUCUUGUUGCCAAUCCAGAUGAAUUCAAAUUCAAGGAUGUUACAUGUUUUAAUGAUCAAAUAUAUGGACUUUGUGACAAUGGCACACUCGUGCGCGUUGAACUAGAUGCUGAGGUACAAGUUGUUUCUCCUCAACCAGAAGAUGUAUGGGAACCCCAGAAACUAUAUUUGGUGGAGUUAUUUGGAAAUCUUUUUGGGGUUUUUCGUCAUGGAUAUUAUUAUCCUUUGAAGAGGAGGUAUGAGACCGCGUCUUUUUCGGUCUACAAGUUCAACUUCGAUACACCAUCUUGGGUAGAAGUGAGAAAUGGGAGAGGCUUGGAAGAUCAUGCUGUCUUUGUUGGUGAUGGCAACUCCUGGUGCUGUCCUACAAUCACCAUAUCUAGCAGUAGUAAAAGAAUCUACUUCACAGACGACAAUUGGGAUUGGCAAAUGUGCCCAGGAGGUGAAUAUGGAGGAUGUGAUGUUGGAGUGUUUGACAUGAAAACUAGAGAAAUUCAACCCCUUCCAUUCGGUGAGGACAACCCUUCUUCCUAUUCUCGACCCAUUUGGGUUACAACUACUAUGCGAUUGUAUUAGCUUAUUUUCCAUUUUAUUAGCUUAUCUGUUUAUGUACUUUGAUUUCUCUAAUAUUGUUUGGCUUAAUUGAAGACGUUUUGACCAAAUACAAUUUGACAUUUUG